AUGCUACCACUUCAUCCUCGGUCGCCUCCAAGACGUCCUCAAGGGCCGCUUUGCACACGGCAAAGCCUGGUAGCCGACCUGCGCAACCUGGGCAUAAACAAGGGUGACACUCUUCUAGUACACUCGUCACUCAAAAGCAUGGGCUUCGUCAGUGGAGGAGCCGAGACGGUUGUCAGCGCAUUGCUCCAAGUUCUUGGUCGUGAGGGAACUCUGGUCGUGCCCGCAUUCUCAUGUGGAAACUCUGACCCCUCCACAUGGAAAGUGCCACCGGUGUCGCUGGACGUGGACGAAGCGUGGUGGCCAGCCCUACGGGCGUCGAUACCCGCCUACGACCCGGAGAAAACCCGGACGUUGGCCGUCGGCACCAUCCCCGAAACGGUUCGGACCUGGCCUAGCGCCUUGCGAAGCGCGCACCCUCAGGUUUCGUUCGCCGCCAUUGGGCUCCACGCGGGGACCGUCACGGCCAAUCAUGCGCUCGACUGCUGCUUCGGCGAGCAAAGCCCUCUUGCACGGAUGGAAGGACUCUCAGCCCGCGUCUUGCUCCUCGGAGUUGGCUAUCACCGCUGUACCUGCUUCCACCUGGCCGAGGGGAGAGUGUCGUCGCCCAAAAUGGAAAACUCGUUUGCCGUUACCGUGGACGGCACUCGUCGGUGGCUGACUGUCGAGGACACCGUCAUCAACGGCGACGACUUUGAGGAGUUGGGUGCUGAUUUUGAGCGAGAUUGUGACGUGCGGCGAGGUUUUGUUGGAGCGGCAGAUUGUGCCGCCUUGUCGUUGCCAGAAGCGACACUGUAUGCCAAGAAGUGGUUUCAGGAGCAUAGAUGA